AUGCCACUCAUCCUCAAUCGCUUUGGGUCUCACUCCUCUAAACUUUUCCUCACUUUCGCAUCCACUGUACUCAACCAUGUGCCCUUCCUGCAUCGCGAUGUCCCGCAAACGCAUACGUACGCAAAGCGAGAAUUGGGUCAUACCGAAUUCAUAGUCUUUGCCUGUCUCAUUCCCGUCCUCGUCAUUUUAUCUGGCUUAUUCGCUGGUCUCACGCUGGGAUACAUGUCCCUAGACGAGACACAGCUCAACGUCCUGAGUAUCAGUGGCACGCCGAUGCAGAAAGUGUACGCGAACAAGAUCAAGCCCAUCCGUAAGGAUGGGCACUUGUUGCUCGUCACGCUUCUCCUCGCAAACAUGAUUGUCAACGAGUCCCUUCCGGUCAUUGCAGAUCCAAUUCUGGGUGGUGGCGUACAGAGUGUCAUCGUCAGCACAGUCCUUAUCGUCAUUUUCUCAGAGAUCAUUCCACAAUCGCUCUGCACGCGUUACGGCCUCUAUUUUGGUGCCAAAAUGGCCGGCUGUGUACGCGUGCUAAUUUGGACUCUUGGCAUUGUCGCAUAUCCUGUAGCGAAAUUACUGGAGUUCGUGUUGGGCCCUCAUCAUGGUAUCAUUUAUCGGCGCGCGGAGCUUAAAGAACUUAUUGCGAUGCAUUCCACCAUGGGUGAGCUCGGCGGUGACCUGAAGACAGACACCGUGACGAUUAUCGGGGGCGCCCUUGAUUUGCAGGAGAAGGAGGUUAGGCAAGCGAUGACGUCGAUCGAGAACGUGUUCAUGCUCAGCAUCGACGCGCGCCUUGAUUACGAGACGCUCCGCCAAAUAUGUCUCACUGGUCAUUCACGUAUCCCGGUAUAUGAGGAAGUAGAGAUUCCUGCCCCACGAUUAGUAACCGGGACGCUUGCAGGCAAGGAUACUCCUGGAACAUCCGCGAACGGGACCGGUUCGGGUUCGAACGCUACUUCCUCUCAGAUAAUCAAGGCAAAGAAGAUUGUUGGUAUCUUACUUGUUAAGCAGUGCGUGCUUCUUGAUCCGAAAGACGCAACACCGAUCCGCAAGAUUCCGCUGAACAAGGUGCCUCUUGUACCAUUUAACGAGUCUUUACUUGGCAUCCUCGACAAGUUCCAAGAAGGGCGAUCACACAUGGCAAUUGUGUCCCGUUUCAGUGUCGAUCGUGCCGCAAGCGUCAAGCAGAUCGUGAAGCGUGGCUUGACUCAAAGACUUCGGGAGGCAAUGAUGGACAGCGAUAGCGACACGGACACUAGCAGUGACGAAGCUGAGGGUAGCAGCUCUCACCCGAAGAAAUGGAAAGACCAUCUAAAACGAAAGUGUAGUGAUCGCGAUGAUGAAAGCAGCGAGAAUGAGGGGACCCUCCGUGAGUCGAGUCCUGCUGACGGAAGCGAUGAUGGCAACACGCUUCCAAGUGGAAGUGGGACAAAGAAGCGUCGCCGGCCAUUCACCUCGCGUGUAAGACGUAAGGACAAGAAUUCACAAGCCAAGGACGUCGACUUGGAAAUGGGUCUCGUUCAGGAUAAAGCCAAGGAAGAGGUCGAGGGAGCCAAGAGUAUAUUGCCGAAUUUAGCUCUUCCUCGUAUGGGCUUCUGGGGGCGUGAACAGGAUGUCCCUGCCGAUGCGGUCCUGUCUACUGAAGGUGUAGAGGAGUUGUUGCAAAGCGUGGAUCCGUCGAUAAUGCCGCUUGGUAUCAUCACCCUUGAAGACGUACUGGAAGAGCUUAUUGGCGAAGAAAUCUAUGAUGAGUUUGACCCACAGGGACACCCCGAUCUGUCGUACGCUGUGUCGGAUUCCAAGCCUAAACUGAAGUUGGCCGGGUUCGCGCCUAUCCGGCGUCGACGCUCCGCCCCUCAGCUCGCACCAUCGUCGAUAGUUAGAAAGCCUACCUCGGCUUCCGUUCCACCUUCUCCCCCUAGUGUUGCUGUAAGUAGCAAUACAAGUUCGCCUGGGUCUUUACAUAUCAAAGGACAAGCGCCGGUGCAGAUCGUGAAACCGGUUGCGAUGCCUGCAUUACCGUUGCGCGGCCUGAAUGCUCUUACUCUGAAGGGCCUCGGAUCGAAGGUGUCCAGGUCUCGGAGUGCACCCCCUACGCCGAGGAAUAUGGAUGGGUCGGUAAGCGGGGGAGACCGGGACGGCGAUCCAACACCGGGAAUCGUAUUAGAAGGCGCAGUGGUAGUUACCCCGCCACCGUCGACCAGCCCUGACGACAACGAGCAACGGGACGCCGAGAUGGAGAAAGACAUUAGUCUAAUAGACGUGUAUGCCAUAGAGGAUAGCCCUAUUCCGCCCCCCACGAUCCCGAUGGUUGUCCAUGCGGAGCAGAGCGUCUUGGGUGCGCGUGCCAGACUAUCUCCUGCACAGCAACCGUCGACGCCGAGCGCAUCGCCCCGCCUAUAUCCCCAGCCGCCUGUUUCCAAUGCGGCGCUACCCCCGGGCGUGAACAUGGCUCUUGCUGCGGGCUCGAAGCCAACCUCACGCAGCUCUUCGCCGUCGCCGUCGCUCGAGCAAGCGAUACUGAUCGAGCGCAAGAGGCGUGCGGCGUCCUCGGGCUCGGGUAGCAUGCCCGUGCCGAAAGGUGGCAGGUUCAAAAGUAGCCCACUGACGGGAGAGCGGAGUGGCGUGGUGGUUGCGGAGCGUGUCAAGCGGCAGUUGAGCACCAGGGAGGAGAGUCCAGAACCAGAACCCGCCAAGGAGGAGGCCCCGGACAUAAGCAAAGAGUAA